AUGACAGUGCUAGUUGCGUUAUGCCUAUUCCAUCUCGUCCUACCCAAUUCAGGACAAACGCAAAUAGAGAAAUACAACGAUAAAGCGAAAACCUAUCAACUACACGUUCCCGGGGGAGAUCCAAUAACGAUUAUAGAAACUGGCGGAUUCGAUAACCUACCAAGCAAAUGGGAUACAGAGGGAAAAAGCGAUGAUCUCGUUAUGAAGAAUCUUAUGACCCACGUUGUGCACGAUGUAAAUGGUAAUAGACCACGAUGCUAUGGACCGUCGUGCCAAGAAGGAUUUAUUGAAGAUGAAGGCCCGCAAGAAUUUGAUGAAUUCAACGGUGACAAAAUGGAAAAGCUGAAAGACUUCGGUGACUUUUCCAAUGAACGUCUACAAGCAAUUGCUGCUUUGGCUGCAAAGCUUAAGAAACAGAAAAUAAAAGGAGAUAGAUUCUCAUCAAUAAGCGCUGAAGAAGCAGAGAGCGAUGAUAACGGUAAGGUAUUUACGUCAUGGAAUAGAUUAAAAGUAAAACAACAUAAACAUCCAUAUGACGAUAAAGACGGUUGGGUCACCCUGGAACCAGUAGCGUGGUCGUCGAGUAAGAUUUCUAAAUGGAAGCCGAACGUAAAGAAACAAAAGCCAAGUUAUUGGAACGACGAUGAAGAUACGAAAUAUUCUUCGGACGAUAGUUAUCCUACUUAUCAAGAUGCAGACAGUGAUACCAAUAAGUAUACGUACAACUUUCCUCAAAAGAAACCAACUUUGAGUCGACCAGGUUUCAUAAACAAUAAGUUGCAUAUCCCACCGGAAUACGACAUGGAAGUGCCAUCUAAACCAACAUGGACGAAGAAAAAGCCAUCAAUGCAACAAAUGCAAGGCCCACAAAUGUCGAUGCAUAAUCUACAAUCAUCGUGGUCUCCUGACGAUAGUAGACGUCCUAAUAAACCGAACUGUGACAAAGACGAAAGUUACCCAAACGAGGAUAGCGUGUACUAUGGAUCUUCUGAUUCAGUGAUUACCGAUUCUCGACCUUCAAACUUCCCUUAUGAAUAUGAAGCUCUACACCAGUCAACUAUGCAACGGCGUCCAUUGCGUCGUCCCACACAAGUUAUAUACGCAGAUGCUGAGCCUGAAGACGAUCGGUCAUCAAGACCACCAUACGGAGAUGGGCAGUGGAUCCUUCUAUCAACAACUAAAGGUUAUAAGAAUAAAAAACGGCACCGAUCGCUGGAUGUCCCAGAAGAGAAUACACCAAUAAUCACAAGUCAUCAGUCAGUGUCAUUAACUGUUCUGCCAUCUGACACACUCGCAAACAUGACAACGUCACACGGUGGCUUAUUGGAAGUUGAGAAGAGUUUCCAAACGGUCGAAGAGUCGAAACGCGAUAUGGACAAGAAGUUUGACUUGCAAGCUGAUGCGUCAGAGCAGAGGCCUGUUAAGAAGAAGGCGAUAAAGAAGAAACUAGUAUCUACGUCUUCACCAGAUAGUGCAACAGUAUUGGCUGCGGUGGGUGCUGGUAUGGUGCCAGCUACUAUGGCGAUGGUAGUACCAAUGAUGCUGGGUAAAAGACGAAGAAGAAGAAGCCUUAGUGAUGUUAAACUUGACCAAUUAUUGAAUACCUAUAUGCAAUAA